AGGAGUGGAGACUUCUUCUUGUAAAAUAUUUCUGGACAGGUUCAAUUGUACUGAUGUCAGAAAUGUGGUAUGGGUUCCAGACAGGGGAGCUGUAUUCAAGAAUUGGUCUAGCAAAUGUUUUAUAUGCUCUGGUUAGUAGUGUAGUGUCCCAGCCUCUUCUUGAUCAGAGUCGCUCCCAUAAUUAUCCCCGACCACUAAGCCUGCUUGGCAACUCCACUGCGCACCUUCCACCUGGCUCCGCUGGGAAGGGAAGGGAAGGGCGCCAGGUUGGAGAUAGUAAGGCAGCCACCAGCCCGGGGACUCAACUAGCUAGUUAGCACCCUCCAGAUCAGGCAGCCCAGCCACAAGUCCCACCAUCCCCGAUCGGCCAGCUGGCUGGGGAAGCUGGGCUUGGGGAUCUCUUCCUCCCUCCUUCCCUCCCUCUCCACUUCGGAGCGCGCGUAAAGGGCUCUCCCGUGCGCCCUCCGGUUGCUUCUCCCUCUCGGCAAGCCGGCGCGGCCAGCAGAUGGCUCCGGUUUCUCGGCUGGCCGGGGCCUCCCGAAAAGAAGCUCCUCUCUUCCGCCUCUUUUCCUUCUCCCUCGCUCCCCCCGCUCGGCGACCUCGGAGGGGCUGGUCUUCCUCGAGGCCGAGGCUCCGAGAUCCGGUCUAUGGAGCCGAAGUGUCCGCGCCUUCGGGGGAGGCUUUGGCGCCCGCUCUGAACCAAACGGCCGAGCAAAGAAAAGGCUUUGGCGUCGGGUGGGAGGUUCACUUGCGAUCCCUUCCAGCCUCUACUCUUCCAAUUGGAGCAGGGGGUUGGACUAGAAGACCUCUGAGGUCCCCUCCAACUCUUCAGAUCUUAAUGAUUCUUCCCCUCCAUCCACCCAGCCCAGGCACCCUCCAUCCUUGAGGAGCGCAGAAAAGAGGCAUCCGAGCUGAAAGAAGAUUUGGCAAAAUGAUGUGUGUAUUUGUCUUUGGAACCUUCCCUCCUACGGGAGGAACAGAGAUGGUGGCCACAGAACCUUUUCAGACUUUUCUGUCUUCCUUGCAGGCACCGCCGUUCUCAUUUGAAGAGGUAGCUGUGUACUUUUCAGAGGUAGAGUGGGCGCUCCUGGACGCAGAGCAGAGAGACCUGUACUGGGAUGUCAUGCAAGAAAACUAUGAGGCUGUGGCUUCACUGGGUAAAUAUUCCAUUUCCCCCACCACCACUUUACUUAGUGGGGUGCAAAUGGGAACUGAAGUAAAAUGAUGGGUGUAAAUAAUGGCUGUUGCAAUCCCCAAGCCUGAGUUGAUCUGUCGUCUGGAACGAGGAGAAGAGCCAUGGGUCCCUGCCCAGGCAGCUUCAGAGGAGAAAAAAAUCCCCCUCAACCUAUAUGAAGGAAACAACUUUGCUUUGACUUCUCCCACCAUGCCAGCAAGCGAGGUAUUCAUGAGGGACAUCAAGGAAGAGAUCGCAGAACCUGAAAUCUUGGAUCCGGAAGAUCCCCCGUGGGCUUUGCUGAGGGCACCCCCAGAGAACCCUUCCUUAGGGUCAGAGGCCCGGUGCGGCCUGCAGAGACAGUGGGAACUCCAGGCCGGGCACAUCUGGCGGGAGCCAUCCAGGCACAUAAGGGCAGCCAAUUCCAAGCGCUCCAUGUUCCACGUGGGCCGGAAGAAGCUCAUGUGCCCGGAAUGCGACCGCUGGUUUCACUGCAAGUCGGAAUUCUUGCUGCACUGGCGGACUCACACGGGGGAGAAGCCCUACGAGUGCCUGGCCUGCGGCAAGCGCUUCAUCCAAAGCUCCCACCUAAGUGCCCACCGGCGCAUCCACACGGGCGAGAAGCCCUACGAGUGCCCCAGGUGUGGGCGGAGCUUCAACCGGCGCUCCACCUUGACGGAGCACCUGAGGAUCCACACCGGGGAGAAGCCGUACAAGUGCCUCCAGUGCGGGGAGAGCUUCCGCUGGAGGCCCUACCUGACCAAGCACCAGAGGAUUCACCUGGGCAACGCUGCCUACAGAGGCCUCAACAACAGAGAAGCCAUCUUUGAUGUCUCGUCCCUCCCGGAGCCUCUGGGAAGACUAGCGGCAGGUGACGCCAUUGAGAGUGGCGUCCCAGAAGCCGAGUCCCUGCGUACUGCCUCUGUCUUGUCGAAACCGUGCAGUAGGGUGAAGCCCAGCUCUGAGAUCUGUGGGCUCAGGCAAGGCUCAGGUGCGCAGCCGCUCAGGUGGCCCAUAAAGACUGAAUCGGAGCCACUCCCCGGCGGGAACGACGUCACCGACAUCAGCCAAAUCAAGAUCGUUCAGGUUGAGAAGAGGCACGUGUGCCACGACUGCGGGAAAGCCUUCCAGUAUAAAUUCGAGUUGGUGAAGCACCGCCGGACCCACACGGGGGAGAAGCCUUUCGAGUGCCUGGCCUGCGGGAAGCGGUUCUUCCAGAGCACGCACCUGAACGCCCACCUGCGCAUCCACACAGGCGAGAAGCCCUACGAGUGCCCCAGGUGUGGGCGGAGCUUCAACCGGCGCUCCACCCUGACGGAGCACCUGAGGAUCCACACUGGGGAGAAGCCGUACAAGUGCCUCCAGUGCGGGGAGAGCUUCCGCUGGAGGCCCUACCUGACCAAGCACCAGAGGGUCCACCUGGGAGAGAACACCUACAGAUACUUCGACAGCAGGGACAGCCUUUAUGACAGCUCUUCCUUCCCAGGGCAUCAGGAGGAGAACCAACCAGAAUAUUUAACAUCCACCCCAGAUUUAAUCUCCCAACGAGAGCCGUGGUGGCUCCAGCGCUCGGAGGAAAGGAAAAACCGAGAGAGUCGGAGUCGAGGCAAGGGACAAAUUGAACCCUCUCGGAUCCUAUCUGAGGGAGAAUCUGAAGGCCACAAAUCUCCCACCGGCCCUGCUCCCCCUUACAAUAGGGCAGGGCCCAAAGAUGCUUGUGACAACAUGACGGCCGAAGGCCUGGCAGAAAAUAAACCACAGAGUGACCUUGUGAUAGGAGAAGACGGUGAUGUGUUACCACACAGCUCUGACAGAGAUGGUUCCCUACAGCCCGGGGUAGUUUUUAAAAGCAGAAAUGCUUGAGGGAAAAAAUGGACUGAAUCCGACAACUUCAGAUGAGAUCAUUCUGUCCUCCAGUUCCUGAUUUUGCCUUUGGAGAAGAUGACGAUAGGAAUGCACGAUCAGCCCAGCAGCUGAAAAGACGACAGCACCCAACGCAAAACUUUUUUAUCCAGGAGGGGAAAAAGAAAAAGAAAAAAAGGGGGUCUUACAGUCCCAAGGCCUCAGGCAACGUUUUUAAAAACAAACUCAAAAAAAAUCCACCAGUGUUUUUCUUUCUCCUCCAGUAUUAAGGGUCACUUACUCAUCCAGUUUGUACAGCUCUGAGGGCAGAGGGGUUGCCUUUAACCGGAUAAAAUAAUAUAAUUUUAUUAUUGUCAGAAAGACCAAGCAGCGUACAGAAACUCCAUAUUUUUCAGCAUAAGGAAACUACGAGAUUCUAAAUUUUUUGUUCAGGUCUCUUGCAUUCCCCCGAUGUAAUCAUUUCUGUUUCCCAGCUUCUGACACACGAAGUAGCCAAGAACACAAAACAUGCCAACAGUGCCCUAAUUUUGGCCUGGUAGCAGUUAAUGUACUUAACAUUCGCCUUCGCUCCCUGACAAAUAUAAAAACAAUACGAUCAUGAGAAAAAGAGGAAUGUGGAGAAUAUGAUUUUUGCUUUUCGUGUCCCAUUCACAAGGUGUCCUUAACUAAUAUAUUCAUGUUUUGAAUUCUAUGUUGAUCUCUCUUUUUUUAAAUUGAGUAAUUCAAGAGCAUGUUUUAUAACCAGGGAUUAUUAAUUUUUUUUUGUCUUUUAAUGACCCCGUAAUCCCUUGCAUCGGGGUGGAGUUGGGGCAACUGAAUGGAGCUGAGUGUUUACUGGCCGGAUGCCCUUCCUGUCGCCAAUGCAGAGUUCGCAGCAGAUAUUUAUUCAUUGUGCCCAGAGAGCGAGAGAUCUGCCACUACCUAGGAUCAAACUCGCAGCCUCCUGAUUGUGAGGGGACAGCUCCACCUCUAGGCCACUGCACCAGUGGUGGGUUUCAAAUUUUUUUACUACCAGUUCUGUGGAUGUGGCUUGGUGGGCGUGGCAGGGGAAGAAUACUGUAAAAUCUCCAUUCCCUCCCCAAUCCAGGGGAAGGAUACUGCAAAAUCCCCAUUUCCUCCUGAUCAGCUAGGACUCGGGAGGCAGAGAAUAGAUGAGGGCGGGGCCAGUCAGAAUUUUUACUACAGGUUCUCCGAACUACUCAAAAUUUUUGCUACCGGUUCUCCAGAACUGGUCAGAACCUGAUGAAACCCACCUCUGCACUGCGCCAUUCGUUUUAUAACCCGGGAUACAAUGAUAUAUUUCUGACCAGAGGUUAAAAAAAAAAUUAAAAGAGUAAAUUGCAAGAGAGGUCAGCUAUUAAGCUGUCAUUGAGAGCAAGGUUUUUAAGGUUAAGGAUGCAUUUGUGCUGUUUUGAGUAAACAGAUGUGCCAAGGGCUAAAUUUGCACAUGCUGAAAAACGGAUUAGAUUGGUUUCCUAGCCUUUAAGCCAGUGGUGGCCAAUCUCGGCAACUGUAAGACCUGUGGACUUCAACUCCCAGAAUUCCUGAUUCUUGCCUGGAAUUGAAGUCCACAAGUCUUAAGAGUUACCGAAGUUAGACACCCCAGCUUUAAGCCAUAAAGAAAAUAAUAAGCUGUGAGAAGAUGAACAUUGUUGGGCAGAGAGCUGUCUAAAUGGGGAGAGGGAGGGAGGGAGGAAAUGAAGGAAGGAAGGAAGGAAACAUUUGCAAAAAAAAAUGCAAGUAGUUAACAUUUGUCUAGCAUAACCAGAAUCCAGCUGUUAGUGCAGAAUGUCACUUGACUAUAAAGAUCUUGAUUGUGAGGUUUAAAAGUCAGCAGCUAUUCCGACCCCUAUGGCUUCCACUCCCUUCCCCCCUCCCGUUUUUGAACAGUCGCUCUGUUUUUCUUCCUUGCCUAUGGAGUUUUAUUCUCACAUUUCACACAGUCAAAAUCCCUUGUUUGGCAACCUCUUCCCCUUGGAAAUUUCUUCCUGUGCAUUUCUUUUAUAAUCGUUCUCCAAUUUGAGAUAGAAAUGAGAAUGAUCCUGCAUUGAAAAGUAUAAAGUGACCUUGGGAAUCGGGUUUGACUUCUACGGACUCUGCAUUUUUCUUGACGAAAUGCAGAAAGAGUUUGCAGUUGCCUUUUUUUUUCCCCCGGGGUCUUUCCCAACCUUCAGCUUUGGCUUUCCUGGUGGCCUCCUGUCCAAAUAUUAACAAGACUCUGCCCUGCUUAGCUUCUGAGCUUGGACAUUCAGCCAGGGUCCUGCAGCCUCCUGUAUUUGUAGAUAUUUUUCUACAAAAUAUCGGUUCCAGGACUUCCACAUGCUCAGUGGAAGUGAGGGUGGGGAGGUUGCAUUUAAAAGAAGCGAUUGCAGAAAUGAAACAUCUUGCCUUUUUGAAUUUACUAUGUCAAGACGAGAAUAAAUGAAACGUGAGCACUGGGGCUUGAGUUACUUUGCAAUAGCAGACAAAGUGCAAUUGAUUUUUUUUCCCCCAUUGGAAAAAGCUAGCAUGGAUUAAUAUAACUGAGUGAAAGUUGCAAUGAAGGAUAAUGUUUUUGUGUAUUGAUCGGUUGGCAGUUCUGUAAUGGGGGGCGGUAUACAUACGUACGUGCACAUUAAUUUUAAGAAACUUUGGCAAUAUUUAAAAUGAAGGAGUGAUCUAACAAGCCCAUUUAACUGCUGCCUUUUUAGAUGGUAGGGAAUAGACCUUGAAAGUUGUUUUUUAUUAUUAUUAUUAUUAUUAUUAUUAUUAUUAUUAUUAUUAUUAUUAUUAUUAUUAUUAUUAUUAUUAUUAUUAUUAUUAUUAUUAUUAUUAUUUAUAUCCCGCCCUUCUCCGAAGACUCAGGGCGGCUUACAUUGUGUUAAGCAAUAGUCUUCAUCCAUUUGUAUACUAUAUACAAAGUCAACUUUUUUGCCCCCAACAAUCUGGGUCCUCAUUUUACCUACCUUAUAAAGGAUGGAAGGCUGAGUCAACCUUGGGCCUGGUGGGACUUGAACUUGCAGUAAGUGCAAGCAGCUGUGUUAAUAACAGACUGCUUAGUCUGUUGAGCCACCAGAGGCCCUUAAGUUUGACUAAAACUUAAACUCUUCAUUUAAGGAUUAACAGCCCAAUCGUUUUACCAUUCUAAUCUCAGUUCUUGUGCUAUAAAGAGUUCAGUGGCAUUUUAAUUACUAUUAUGAUUAGCAUCACAAGUCUGCUUCUACCUAUUUUUAAACAGCCAAAACUCUUUUCCAUGCCUUAAAAGAUCAAAAUGAAAUCAAGAACAAAGGGUUUACAGAUUUAAAAUUUGGAAUAACAAGAGUUGGAAGGGAUCUUGAAGGUCUUCUAGUCCAACCCCCUGCUUAGGCAGGAAACCCUAUACCACUUCAGACAAAUGGUUAUCCAACAUCUUAAAAACUUUCGGUGUUGGAGCACUCGCAACUUCUGCAGGCAAGUUGGUUCACUUAUUAAUUGUUCUAACUGUCAGGAAAUUUCUCCUUAGUUCUAGGUUGCUUCUCUCCUUGAUUAGUUUCCACCCAUUGCUUCUUGUCCUGCCCUCAGGUGCUUUGGAGAAUAGUUUGACACCCUCUUCUUUGAGGCAGCUCCCAAGAUAUUGGAACACUGCUAUCAUGUUACCCCUUGUCCUUCUUUUCAUUAAACUAGACCAGGGGUCUGCAACCUUAAACACUCAAAGAGCCAUUUGGACCUGUUUCCCAUGGAAAAGAAAACACCAGGAGCCACAAAACCCUUCCCAUGCCUGUUUCUUGAGCUAGCAUACGUUGUUGAAUUAAAUGUUCUGUUUUCUUCUGAAACUUUUCUUUUCUUGGAUUUAGACAUGGUUGGCCUACCGGGGGGUUGAAAAGCUCAAUAAAUCGUGUGCCAGCAAGUGUCUCACAUUGGCGGCUGUGAUAUUUUGAGUGACAAGGAGCCGCAGCAGAAGGGUGAAAGAGCCACAUGUGGCUCCAGAGGUGCAGGUUGCUAACCCCUGAACUAGGCAUACUGAGUUCCUGCAACCGUUCUUCAUAUGUUUUAGCCUCCAGUCCCCUAAUCAUCUUUGCUGCCCUUCUCUGCACUCUUACAACCCUAUAUAGGGUUGGUCUGAGUGAAGGAGGAAAAUAAUAAGAUCAGGUAAACUAUGUUCUUUUGGCUGGAUCUUGCUAAAGAGAUGAUGACACCUCAGAAGCUCCUUUUCCUUAGACUGCUCGGAGGCGUGAAAGGAUGUUUUGGCCUGAGGAGCCUGGCUUUUGAACUUUUUGCCUCUGAAGAGAACUGUUUCCUAUUUUCAUGGAGAAAGUCUGCGACACUCAGAAGCUGAGAUUUUUCAAUCCCAGCAAAUUUAAGAUGUAUGGACUGCAACUCCCAGAAUUCCCCAGCCAGUCAGCUUCUGAGUGUCUCUUGCAGAAGGGAGGAGAUUUGGGGAAAUGACCCUCUGCAGAAAAUAAUUCAAACACAGUAGUGGCCAAAAUUGUGGAAACCUUUUGGGAAAAGUGUAUUUUCUAAAACUAGCUUAUGACACCACUUUUUUCUUGGAGUAGUACCAUAAAAUUAUAUAUUAAUGGAAAGAUAAUUUAAUCAAGAAUGUAAUGCAAUAACCUUUAUGAAGGAUUUGCUAUUAGAAUAUCAGUUACAGUAUAAAGAAGAAAAGUGAAAUACGUAGAAAAAACGUGAUAUACAAAAAUGAUCACGUCAGUUAAUACUUAAUUGGGUAACCUUUAGCAUGAAUUAUGGCCUUACAAACCUUAUUAUGGUUCUUCCCAUGGAGUGAACCAAGUCUUUUAGUUCUGCAGCUAUUAUAAUAUGAAACCAAGAUUGAAUGAUUGCUUCUUAUUAACUGGGUUUUAUUGUGGGGUCGUUUCUGACUGACAAGUUUCUUUAGUUGGCUCCAUCAAUUGGGUUAAGGUCUGGGCUAUUCCCAGGCCAUUCCAGCAGUGGAACAGGAUUAUCUUGAAACUCCCAAAAAAAAAGUGGUGUUAUUAACCAUCAAAACCUCAAAAAUACACUUUUCCCAAAAGGUUUCCACAAGUUUGGCCACUACUGUACGUCAUUAGCAUGCGCCAAUUCCCUGCUAGACUGCCAGGGUCUCAUCUAGGAUCCUUCCAGAAGGAUGUACCUUGGGUUGGCAAGAAAACCAGGCCUUUGAGGCCUAAAUCAGCUCAGGCUCCAGAUAGGGACUGACAGGACAAAAUUCUAGAAAAAGUGCAGAGGAGAGCAACCAGGAUGAUAAGGGAACUGAAGACUAAAACAUAACAUAACAUAACAUAUGAAGAACAGUUGCAGGAACUGGGCAUGGCUAGUCUAGUGAAGAGAAGGACCAGGGGAGACAUGAUAGCCGUCUUCCAAUACUUGAGGGGCUGCCACAGAGAGGAGGGGGUCAAGCUGUUUUCCAAAGCACCCGAAGGCCAGACCAGGAAUAAUGGAUGGAAAAUGACCAAGGAGAGAUUCAGCCUAAAAAUGAGGAGGAACUUUCUGACAGUGAGAACAAUCAACCAAUGGAACAAAAGUUGCCUUCAGAAGUUGUGAGAACUUCAUCACUUGAGACUUUCAAGAAAAGAAUGGACUACCAUUUGUUAGAAAUGGUGUAGGGUCUCCUGCUUGAGCAGGGGGUUGGACUAAAUGACUAGAUAAGGUCCCUUCCAACUCUGGAAAUCUGUUAAAACACACUUAUUCCUAUGCAUAAAAAGCACGGAUGUCAGGGAGAAGACAGAGCUAAGGGUGUUGUUACUACCAUAUCAGCUUUUUACAUUGGGAUUGCAGUGUAUUGGAUGGAAGCAAGCAAGUCACAUCCCAACAAACAUGCCAGGGGUGGGGAUGGGGGCAGUAAUCUCCCAGAUAUUAAACUCAGCAGCUCGCUAGGACUGAGCUGCAGCCAAAAAAUGUUUUCCCCCCCCACACCCAAUCAUCUUGCUUAGCAAGACCUAAAAAACUGCAUCCAGUUUAGGUCACCAAACCUAUUCUCCAAAGCAGAGGUUUCCAACCUUGGCCACUUUAAGCCUGGAGGACUUCAACUCCCAGAAUUCCACAGCCAGCAAGUCCACCAGGCUUAAAGCUGGCUGGAGAAUUCUGGGAGUUGAAGUCUGCCAAGCUUAAAGCCAUCUGGGGAAUUCUGGGAGUUGAGGUCCACCAGGCUUAAAGCCGGCUGGGGAAUUCUGGGAGUUGAAGUCCACCAGACUUAAAGUUGCCAAGGUUGGAGACUCCUGCUCCAAAGCACCUGAGGGCAGGACAAGAAGCAAUGGAUGGAAACUAAUCAAGGAGAGACUCAACCUAGAACUAACUCGGUGGAACACCUUGCCUCCAGAUUGAGGAUGCUCCAUUACUGGAGCUUGUAAGAAGAGACUGGACAGCCGCUUUUCUGAAAUGGUAUGGGGCCUCCUGCUUGAGCAGCGGGUUGGACUAGAAGACCUCCAAGAUCCCUUCCAACUGUUGUUAUUUUUGCUCACUGUUCAUUGCACAUCUCUGUUCUGCCCUAAUUUUAAAGGACGCUGUCGUGUCCCACUCCUCCGCUGACGGCCGGGUCAGGGAAAUCCGAAUCAGGCUUGCCUCUGCAGCUCUGCUCAAAGUCCUAGCAAAGUCCUCAGAGCAGGCAGGAGACCAGAAAGUGACUUCAGCAAGAUAAGUUCGACUUUGCCUGACUCAGAGACUGCCAGAAAGCAGAUCCUUUAUAUAGGCCAUGGGGUGUGGCUCCAUGACUCAGCACUCAUUAAGGCCUGCCCCUCCCUUCCUUCUGUUUCCUCCGCCUAUCCAGUCUUCUGAUGCGAGGGUCACUCCAAUCAGCAGCUGUUGGAAAUAAACUUUCCUCAGGCUCACAUGCUGUGGAGGAGGGGGAGGGGUCUAGCUGCUCCGUUUGCCUGGGCAUAGAGCCAGGGCUGGGGCCGGGGGGUGCUCCCUCCUCUGCAGCCUGCUUGGGCAUGGAGCCAGGGCUGGGACCGGGAGGUGCCCCCUUCUCUUCAGCUUGUCUGGGCAUGGAGCCAGGACUGGGGCCGGGAGGCAUACAUUCCUCCGUGUUUGGGAGCAGAUAAGAAGGCCCCGGCUGCUGUGAGAGCAGGCAAGACACAACAGACGCAAGUCUUUUUUUUAAAAAAAUGCUAGCAGAUAUUUUUCCACAAUGGAAUUAUUAAAGGGACUAUCUGUUCCAGAUUUUUUUUGGGAGGGCGGGGAAUAGACAAAAAAAAUGAGGGGUUCUUUUCUCCUAUCCAUUUACUUUGUCCAAACCAGGGAUGAAAUGCUCCUGGUUCGGGUCGGAUCACACGAUCCGGCCAGUGGUUCGGCAAUCCAGUAGCGAUGGCAGAGCAAAGCUCCGCCCACCCACCCAGGUAUUAUUACUUCCUGGUUUUAAUGGAAGUAAUUAAUUUAAGGAAGUAAUGUGUUUUUGCAUUCUGCACGUGUACUUUUUGCGCAUGCACAGGUCUGUGCGCGUAUGUGAUGUGCGCACGAGGGAAGCGAGUGUGCGCAGGUGGGGCGUGUGCACUUCCGAACCGAUAAGGAAGGUAAGUAGAUUUCACCCCUGGUGCAGACGCUGCAAUCAAUCAGAAUAUCGCUGGAAGGGACCUUGGAGGUCUUCUAGUCCAGCCCCCUGCUCAAGCAGGAGACCCUAUGCCAAUUCAGACAAGUGUCUGUCCAGUCUCUUCUUAAACACCUCCAGUGAUGAAGCACCCACAACUUCAGAAGGCAAAGCUGGUUCCACUGGUUGAUUGUCCUCAACUGUUAAGAAGUUUCUCCUUGGUUCUAGAAUGCUUCUCUCCAUGAUUAGUUUCCCUCCGUUGGUCCAUCUCUUCUAGGCUGAGCGGUUCUGCAGUUUUCCAGCUCCAAAUUCCUUCUCCACAUUUUGGUGCCAAAGAAGUGAGGCAAUGGUCAUUGGUGCAAGGGUUUAAAAAAGUGAUAAGGUCCCAGAGGUGCUUUUCCAAAAGGCAACUGGAUUUUCUUGGUUGUUUUUUUUCCCCCUUCAAAAUGUUUCGUUUCUUAUUCAAGAAGCUUCUUCAGCUUUCAAAGGGGGAGAAAUAAAUAAACAAGAAGGGCCAGUGACCUUUUGGAAAAGCAGCUUUGGGACAAACCAGGACCUGGAUGGUUGAGAAUCCCCAUAGACAGCGAUAAGGCCUCCCUUUUGGCAUUUUUAUCCAGCUGUAGAAGGAAGGGUUUUCCCCAAAUCUAGCAAUUCUUUCUCCCUGUCAUAGCCUUUUCUUGCGUCUUCUCACUUGCCACUCAAAUACACCGGCAAAGAAAUACAUUUUAUUGCAGAUAAAGGCAGAGGUCUUUCUUCACUUCUUAAAAGUGCCUUACAGGUUAUCCUCAACUUAGGACCAUUUGCUUAACGUCUGUUUAAAAUUACAUUCCUGGGGGGAAAAAAUGUGACUUACAACCAGCUCUGGUGUUGUGUCAGCGCCCUCCCGAGCCGGGCCCCCUGCCAGAAAGUGACUUGGAAAGUGAGGGGGAAGGGCCAUCAGGACUUACCUCGGGAGCACCAGCUUCCCUGGCUCAGCUCCAGGAGCCAGAGGUAGGCCAGGUGGAAGAGAUAACGAGGCCUCUGUCCCCUGACUCUUUCCCCCCCCAGGCCACGCCUUCAGACCCAGCUGAUGGCAAUCAGGCCUGGCUGGACCCUAGAUUUCAUAGGCAGGAGAGGUGGGAACAACAGAAGCAGAGGUGGGGCAGGCCUAGGAAGUGCUGAGUCAUGCAGCCACACCCCACAGGAUAUAAAACCAGCGAGGGUUGCUAUGCCUCUUCAUAGCAGACAAAUCAACUGCUUAACUAGAGUUGAAGUACUGUUUGUUUCUGGGUGAUUCAUCGGCCUCAAGGGAGAUAAGAGUCACUUGACAGACGCUCACUAGUUUGCUGCCAGAGCUGAUAGUGCCAGCUAAUUAAGCCAUCGCUCGGACGGAGGCGAGGGGGACAGAACAUCUGGUCACAUGACUAAAAUUUGGGCACUAGGGCAGGGGUCUCCAACCUUGGCAACUUUAAGACUUGUGGACUUCAACUCCCAAAAUUCCCAAGGCUGGCUGGGGCAUUCUGGGAGCUGAAGUCCACAAGUCUUACAGUUGCUAAGGUUGGAGACCCCUGCAAUAAAGAGCGCCUAAUUCAGGAAUGUACCACUUCGGGUGGUUUCCUUGGGCAAACAUCCUUUUCCUCAAAUGCUGGCAUUUUCCAUGGAACCCCAGAAUCCCCCCUCUUCCACUUAAAGGCUAAAAUGAGCCAUUUGCUGUUCUGGAAAAUGUGAAACCAGGUUGAGGCAGUUAACCUGCCCGAGCUACUGGAAUCCAACUUCCUCCCUCUGCCACCACUCACCUCUGGUGGCUCAACAGGCUAAUGCAGUCUGUUAUUAACACACCUGCUUGCAA